AUCAUGAAAAUGAAAAUGGUUGCGAAAACGAGAAAGAUUGUGAAAACAAGGAAGAUUGUGAAGGUAAGAAAGAUUGUAAGGACAAGGAAGAUUGUGAAAGCGAGGAAGAUUGUGAAGACAA